GCCAACGAUGAUAAUCUGUAUAGCUAGUACUUUUGAAGGUGUACGUUUUUCCAUACGGUCGAGUAGCACACGAUACUGUAGGAGUCUGUACUAUAUAUAUAAUUACGAUAACUUAUUCGGUAAUCCCUGGUUUUCUUCAUUAUCAUCACAAUCGUAUAAAUCAAACAUCAGCAGUAGGAAGAAGAGCGAAAGAAAAAUAAAAGGAAAAAGGGAAGAAAAGAUCGUCAAUCUUCUAUAAGUUGAUCGCGUUGAUUAAAAUUUUGUAGGUCUUCGAUUCUUUCGAAAGACCGAUUAACCACCAAUUCUUCUUUUUAGGUUGGAGUGAAUUGUCUUGGUUUGGAAAUUCGUCAGUCCAAAAGAAAGAAAAAGGGAACGAAUUCACAUGGGAAGUCGAGGGCAGAAACGAACGGAAACAGCCGACGAAUUACCAGCAGAUAAGCGAGCUUGUAGUUCAUUAGAUUUUCGACCAAGUUCCUCUAACUGUUCCUCAGUCAGAACUCACCUCAAUUUACCAAAUUCCACUCCCGAUGCUGACAUGGAAACUUCCUCCUCCACCUCGGCUUCGAGCCGAUCGGAUGGUGAACACGAGAAGGAAGACGAAUCAGCUUAUGGAUCAUGCGAUUCUGACGAUGCUGAGCAACAACCACGGCACCACAUUUUAAGAGACUAUCAGAGAAGAAGAUCGUCGAGUGAUCAUGGAAAAUUGAAUACUAUUUUGUCAAAUUUGAACGAAGGAAAUGGAGGUUCGGGCCAACUGGCUGCGUUGACUGAACUUUGUGAAGUGUUGUCUUUUUGUAAUGAGGAUUCGCUUUCGAGUUUGAUGGCGGAUUCUUUAUCACCAGUACUUGUAAAGCUUGCGAAGAACGAGAGUAAUGCUAAUAUAAUGUUGUUGGCAAUUAGGGGUAUGACUUAUCUAUGUGAUGUAUAUCCUAGAUCAUCUGGUUUCCUUGUUAGACACGAUGCAGUUCCUGCUCUUUGUGAAAGAUUAUUGGCUAUUGAAUAUGUGGAUGUAGCUGAGCAGUGUUUGCAAGCAUUGGAGAAAAUAUCUCGCGAUCAACCAGUUGCUUGUUUACAAGCUGGUGCAAUUAUGGCUGUUCUAAAUUUUAUUGAUUUUUUCUCAAUUAGUGUGCAGAGAGUUGCACUUGCCACGGUGGUGAACAUUUGUAAGAAACUUCCUUUGGAGGGUCCUGCACCUUUUGUUGAAGCGGUUCCCAAAUUAUGUGAUUUACUUCAGCAUGAGGACCAACAGCUUGUUGAAAGUGUUGCAACUUGCUUGAUCAAAAUAUCUGAGAGAAUGUGUCAGUCUUUUGAGCUGAUGGAGGAACUCUGUAAGCAUGAGCUGAUUAAUCAAGUCACACUUGUUAUGAAAUCGAAUAGCCGAACUACUAUAUCCCAGCCAAUAUACAAUGGCUUGAUAGGAUUACUUGUCAAGCUUUCUUCGGGUUCAUUUGUAGCUUUUAGAAGUCUGUAUGAGCUAAAUAUAAGCAACAUACUGAAGGAUGUCUUAUCUACUUAUGACCUCUCACAUGGAAUAUCUCCUCCGGACUUAGUUGAUGGCAAUUGCAAUCAGGUACAUGAAGUUCUGAAAUUGCUCAAUGAGCUGCUUCCCACCUCCACCGGAGAUCAAGCUAAUCAGGUAGUGUUGGAUAAGGAAUCAUUUUUAGCUGACCAUCAUGAUCUUCUGCAAAGAUUUGGAAUGGAUUUAUUUCCCAUGCUGGUCCAGGUAGUCAAUUCUGGUGCAAACAUAUAUGUUUGUUAUGGCUGCCUCUCUGUCAUCAGCAAGUUAGUUUUUCUGAGCAAACCUGACAUGCUUGGUGAAUUGCUUAAGACUGCCAACAUUCCAAGUUUCCUGGCUGGAGUGUUUACUCGGAAGGAUCACCAUUUGCUGAUGUUAGCCCUACAGAUUGCUGAGAUCAUCCUCAAAAAGCUUUCUGAUGUUUUUUUGAGCUCAUUCAUAAAGGAGGGUGUUUUUUAUGUGAUAGACGCACUUCUAAUGCCUGAAAAAUGCUCGCAAUUGAUGCUUCCGGUGUUUGGUGGUAUCCAACCAUCAUUUGAUUCAAGCCAAAAGUCUUCUGUGAGGGAGUUCCAGAGAUGCUUGUGUUAUGCAUUUGAUAUGGUGCCAUCUUCUUCAGUCUCAUCUUGUAAGAUUGACAAGGAUACUGUUUGCAAUCUUGCAAAACAUAUUAAAACCAAUUACUUUGCUCCAGAAUUAAUUGAAUCCGACAAAGGGAUGACUGAUGUUCUUCAAAAUCUCAGAACCUUGUCUGCUGCCUUGAGUAAUUUGAUAAACAUGCCUGUUGAUGAUGAUACUACUGUUCAUCAUGAAGAGAAGUUCUACAGCAUAUUACAUCAAAUUAUGCUGAAGCUUAAUGGUAGAGAACCUGUUUCUACUUUUGAAUUUAUUGAAAGUGGAAUCGUGAAAUCGCUUAUGCAUUACCUAUCUGAUGGGCUGCACAUGAGAGGGAAUGUGGAAUUUACUGGCAGUUAUGAUCAUUUGGUUGUUCUGGGGAAGAGAUUUGAGGUGUUCACAAAGUUGUUUUUUUCUUAUUCAGAUAUCCUUGUCGAGGACUUGCCUCUCUCUAUACUAAUACAAAAAUUACAGAGUGGAUUGUCAACUUUGGAAAAUUUCCCUGUUAUUCCAAGCCAUGGAUUCAAGCAGAGAAAUUCAUUUGCUACUGUCCCAAAUGGACGUUGUGUUAUGUAUCCAUGUUUUAGGGUUCGUUUUGCGAGGGCGGAAGGGGAGAACUGCCUAUCUGAUUGCGCUGAAGAUGUUUUGGCUGUUGACCCUUUUUCUUCCUUAGAUGCCAUUGAAGGAUAUCUUUGGCCCAAAGUUUUUACUGAAAGAACAGAAUAUGGGGAAUUAGAUGCUGAAGAGUUGGAACACAGAGAAGUUCUGCCUAAUCUUUUAUCAUCGAAUGCAAACUCUACUCAAGGCGAGAGUUCAGGUUUUAUAGACAGCAUGUCCAUUGACUUGCCAGAGAUGCAGGAAGAUGAAGCUAACUUUUCACAGAUUGCAUCUGAACAAGUUCAUUUCAGAGAAUUGAAUUCUGGUGAAACAAUGUCUUUGGAUGAAACCAAUAUGGGCUCUGCUGGGAAGGAACAAGAGUUUCCUACAGAGUCAACUAAAAAUAUGAGAACUCCCUGUUCUGCAGCUGGUGACAAUGACAUUAAAGAUUCCUCAGCUAGACUAUUGCUUUAUCUAGAAGGACAUCAACUAGACCGAACUUUGACGCUAUAUCAAGUGAUUCUUCAACAGCUACUAAAUUCAGAGAAAGAAUUUAUGACAUGGGCAAAGUUAUGGAGUCGAGUAUACACAAUAACAUACAAAAGAGCUCUAGAAUCUAACCAAGAUGAUCCUCAAGAACAUACAUAUAAAGAACGAAAGUUCUCAGUAUCAGAUCAAAAGAUUGCCUCUAUUCAGAAUAUGGGAUUUUUUGCCAGCAUGUUUGCUUGCAAACUCACUUCUGAUUUGGAUAAGUCAAGUCCUAUUUAUGAUAUAUUGUUUCUGCUCAAACUUUUGGAAGGCAUCAACAAAUAUUCAUUUCAUCUGAUGUCUUGUGAGAGAGUUCGUGCAUUUGCUGAAGGUAGGAAUGAUAACUUGGAUAAUUUGAAGGUAAUGGUUCGUUCAGUGUCUCAAAAUGAAUUUGUGAGCAGUAGAUUGACAGGAAAGCUAGAACAGCAGAUGCAGGAUGCUUUCACCUUAUCCACUGGUGGUAUGCCUUCAUGGUGUAAUGAUUUAGUUUCUUCUUGUCCCUUUCUGUUUAGCUUUGAGGCAAGAUGCAAGUACUUCCGUUUGGCUGCUUUUGGUCCACGAAGAGGUCAACUCAAUGCCAUUUCACGUAGUAAUUCUGGCGCUUCAAGUGACAGGCAAACUACUUCAGGUGGUUUGCCUCGUAAGAAAUUUUUAGUCUCACGUGAUCAAAUUCUAGAUUCUGCAACCAGAAUGAUGGACCUACAUGCUCAUCAUAAGGGACUUCUUGAAGUGGAGUAUAAUGAAGAAGUUGGCACUGGUCUUGGUCCAACUUUGGAAUUCUAUACUCUUGUUAGUCAUGAAUUUCAGAAAUUUGGCCUUGGCAUGUGGAGAGGGGAUCAUUGUUCUUUUAUCACUUCAACUACCUUGCCUACAGAAUCUGUAAUUCUGAGAAACGGUUCUGGGCUUUUCCCUCGUCCAUGUUCACCUAAAUCUGAUGCGAAUAAUGGAAUACAGUUUUCUCAAGUACUAAAAAAAUUUGUUCUUUUGGGUCAAAUUGUCGCAAAGGCUAUUCAAGAUGGAAGAGUACUUGAUGUUUCCUUCUCCAAAGCCUUCUACAAAUUAAUUUUGGGGCAGGACCUUAGUUUGUAUGAUAUCCAAUCUUUCGAUCCUGAGCUUGGUAGGACGCUACUGGAGUUUCAGGCUAUUAUUGUUAAUCAGAAAAGGCAUCAGAAAUCCAUUUGUGUUGAAAACACAGCAUUGAAACAGGAUUUGUGCUUUCGAAAUACCAGGAUUGAGGACCUUUUUCUGGACUUUACCCUUCCUGGUUAUCCUGAUUAUGUUCUUUCUUCUGAGUGUAAUCUCAAAAUGGUAAAUUCUGCCAAUUUGGAGGAAUAUCUUGAGCUUAUUGUGGAUGCUACCAUACAUAGUGGAAUUGCCAGACAAGUUGAAGCUUUCAAGUCUGGAUUUAAUCAGGUUUUUUCAAUUAUCCAUCUCCAUGUUUUUACGGAGGAGGAACUAGAGCGUUUACUCUGUGGAGAAUGUGAUAUCUGGGCUUUCAAUGAACUUCUGGAACAUAUCAAGUUUGAUCAUGGAUAUACGGCUAGCAGUCCACCAAUCGUUAAUCUUCUGGAAAUUAUACAAGAAUUUGAAUAUUCACAAAGGCGAGCAUUUCUGCAGUUUGUGACUGGUGCUCCCCGGCUACCUCCAGGAGGUUUGGCGUCUUUAAAUCCAAAAUUGACAAUUGUUCGCAAGCAUAGUAGCAAUUGUGCUGAUACGGAGCUGCCCAGUGUUAUGACUUGUGCCAAUUACCUGAAGUUGCCUCCUUAUUCUUCAAAAGAGAAGAUGAAAGAGAAGCUAUUAUAUGCCAUAAGUGAAGGGCAAGGCUCAUUCCACCUUUCGUAGCCUUUUUAGAGGUACUAUAAUCUGUGAAUUUGUAAUUAUUAUCUAGGUAGGUCCUUGGUCUGGUUGGUGUACAUGAAAACGGGUGUUGAACAGUGAUGAUUGGGUUAGUUGAGGAUUUUGAUGGGAGGAAAAAGUUACUAUGAAAAUAGCUGACUAAAUUAUUUGGGGUGGGAUUUGUAAGUAAAGAAUGGGGAAUGCACAACUAGUUGUUUUAGGUUUCAAGUUGGGGUUUGGCUGUAUAUAUAGUCAGAGAUGGUUGGCUGUUUCUAACUUUGCUAUUAAUGCUCAAAGAUGCUUGGCACUGUCAACAUCUGGUCUCUUUUACAAUGCUUAA